AUGACAGCUAAAACAAGCACUUGUGUAGAGUGUGCAUCGAUAAAUCUGAGAGAUCGUUGGGGAUUAACAGGCUUUGCACAGACAUUUCGUGAUUAUUCAUUUACUGCAACUUGUACUUUGGGUACUGAUACACACUACAUCAGGUGUUCCGGAUAUUGCAUGACUUACAUAUUUCAAGAUCCGGACAUCACCGACACAGGUGAUGUUGAGCUGAUGGUAGUAAGAGGUUGUCAUCAACGGCUUCUUGGAGUGCCAAGUACUUCCCCUGAUAAUCAGAUACUUAAUGGAUCGUACUGUGAAUACGACAAAGAUCUCGAACGUUUCGACUCACAUGGAAAUAAAGUAUACAUCAAAGCGCUAGCGGAAUUUUGCACCGGAGAAGCUUGCAAUAUAAAAGUGAAAGAUUUUUCAAUGGCAGUAACGUGUACUGGAUCAGCGAGUUAUUUUCGUGCAGUGCAUAAAGCAUGCUCCGAUAUCAAUCUGCUAGGAAGCGAAAAUGGUUGCAUAUCAUCACACAUAACUGCCAUUCCAGGCAAUCUAUUGAAAUUGAAUGGUGAAAUAAUUCAUUGUUUUUGCAGUGAAAAUGAUUACUGCAAUGGUGCAAAUACAAGUCACACAGCUGCCGAUGGAUGGUUUGGUCACGGAGAAAAGCGGACAGACGAUGAGCGCAUUAUACCUUUUAAAAUUAAUGUUUCCAUGGAAGCCAUACAGGAUUUGAAGUCUCGCUUGAAAAAUGCUCGAAUUAGUUAUGAACCGCUAGAGGAUUGCAAUGAUUUCUCAUAUGGUUUUAAUGGUAAAUACCUCAAACAUGUGGCUAAUUAUUGGCUCAACAAAUAUAAUUGGAAGUAUCAUGAAGGAAUUAUUAAUAGUCUACCUCAAUUCGUUACUGAAGUUGAAGGCCUUAAGAUCCAUUUCAUCCAUGCCAAACCAGUCAAAGAUAAUUACAAAGUUGUCAUUCCACUUCUAAUAUUGCAUGGUUGGCCCGGAAAUGUGUUCGAGUUCUUUAAAAUCAUCCCGAUAUUAUUGGAUCCAGUUCAGCAGAUUAGUUCCGAUAUUAAUGUGGCCUUCGAAGUGAUAGCACCGUCCAUUCCCGGAUUCGGUUGGUCCACCGCACCAAUGAAAAAAGGAUUUAACCCAGAAGUGGCAGCAAGAAUAUUCAACAAACUGAUGAUUCGUUUGGGAUUUUCAAGUGUUAUUGGUUUACACUUAAAUAUGGCGAUAGCACUCACUUGGAAAGCGUUACUGUACAGUACAAUUGGUAUCAUAGCACCGAGAUUAGUUUAUUCUUCUAAAACAUUUCAUCAACAAGUUGCAAGCGCUUUCAUCAAAGAUCUGCUUGAAGAAACCGGAUAUAUGCAUAUUCAGGCCACAAAGCCGGACACCGUUGGUGCAGCACUUAGUGAUUCUCCAAUAGGCUUGGCAGCUUAUAUCCUGGAAAAAUUUUCAUACGGAACAAAUACUACUUAUCGGUCAUUUCAUGACGGAGGACUCACGAAUCGGUACAUCAGUAGCCCAACUGGUUAUGCUGUAUUUCCGGAAGAUGUGAUCAAACAGUCAGAAGAAGCAGUGCGAACUAUGUACAACUUAACACAUUAUAAAGAAAUCGAACGUGGUGGGCAUUUUGCCGCUCUCGAAGAGCCAAAACUUCUUGCUGCUGAUAUUAUCAAAUUCGUCAAAACAAUUCAACUAGAAUGA